AUGCUUGAUGGCAUUGAAGACCCCCACAAUUUUGGGGCAAUUUUACGUACUAGCGCAGCUUUAAAAGUAGACGGAGUGAUUAUUGCUACCAAAAAUCAAGUGCCGGUAAACAGCACGGUAAUUAAAGUUUCCGUGGGUGGUGCCGCUCAUGUUCCAGUUUGCCAGACUGAUAAUCUGCUCGCUGCCCUUAACGAGUUAAAAAAAUCCAACUAUCAAAUUAUUUCCGCUGUUUGUCACUCCCAAGCCCAAAGUUAUAAGCAAUUGACCCUCAAGGCUCCUACUUGCCUGGUUUUUGGUAAUGAACACCAAGGAAUUAAGCAAAAAAUUAUUCAAAAAAGUGACCAAAGUAUUUAUAUCCCCAUGAGUAAGCAAAUUAGUUCUUUAAAUGUUUCGGUAAGUUGCGGAAUUAUUUUGUCCCAAAUUAUUUAG